CCAGCGAGAAGGGAGGCGAAGGUGGCGGAGGCGACACCGCCGCCCACCCUGUCCAGGAGCCCGGCCGGGGCUCAGCUCAGCCACCGCCAGACAUGGAGUCGCGGCGGAGCCGGCGGUCAGUCGCCGCGCCUGUCCCUUGGCGGUGAUCCGCCGUGGCCUGCCCGGCCGCCCCUCCCCUCCUCCGCCCGCGGGGCCUUCGCGGCCCUCCUUCCACCCGCCCGGCGGCGGACAUCGGGAAAUGGUCGGGCUGUAGCGGAACAUCAAGCGGAGCAACAUGAACCGUGAAGACCGGAAUGCGCUGCGUAUUAAAGAAAGAGAGAGGCGUAAUCAAGAAAUUCAACAGGGUGAAGAAGCCUUUCCACCUAACUCUCCUCUCUUUGCUGAACCAUAUAAAGUUACCAGCAAAGAAGACAAAUUGUCUAGCCGUAUCCAAAGCAUGCUUGGAAACUAUGAUGAAAUGAAGGAUCUUAUAGGUGACCGGUCUCCCCAGAAGCUUGUUGUAAUUCCCAAACCAACCAUACCAUCAGCACCAGAUGAAAAAUCAACCCAAAAUUUCUUUGGUGAACAGAGACAUAGUACUGGUUCUCAUCAGAGCAGUAAAUGGACGCCUGUAGGUCCAGCACCUAGCACUUCUUCCCAGUCACAGAAGCGGUCUUCAGGUUUACAGAGUGGACAUGGUGGCCAGCGCAAUAGUGGCAAUAGCACUAGCAGUAGUGGACAGAGACAUGAUCGUGAUUCAUAUGGCAGUAGUGGGAGCAGCAGUAGCCGAAAAAAAACCCAGCAUGGAUCAGAACACUCAAAGUCUCGUUCUUCCAGCCCUGGAAAACCGUCUACUGUUUCUUCUGUGAACCCUAGCCAUUCCAGAUCUCAUGGAAAUGAUCACCACAGCAAGGAACAUCAGCGUUCAAAAUCUCCACGAGACCCAGAUGCCAAUUGGGACUCACCUUCCCGUGUACCUUCGUUUUCUAGUGGUCAGCAUUCUAGCCAGUCUUUUCCGCCUUCACUCAUGUCUAAGUCUAACACAAUGUUGCAGAAGCCCACAGCCUAUGUAAGGCCCAUGGAUGGUCAGGAGUCCAUGGAACCAAAGCUUUCUUCUGAACACUACAGUAGCCAGACUCACAGCAACAAUAUGAAUGAACUGAAACCUAGUAGCAAAGCACAUCUAACGAAGCUGAAAAUUCCCUCUCAGCCACUUGAUGCAUCAGCAUCUGGUGACAUGAGCAGUGUGGAUGAAAUUCUAAAAGAGAUGACCCAUAUUUGGCCACCUCCACUGACAGCUAUUCACACGCCUUGCAAAACUGAACCUUCAAAAUUUCCAUUCCCAACAAAGGAAACUCAGCAGUCUAAUUUUGGCACUGGAGAACAAAAAAGAUACAAUCCUUCUUCAAAAACAUCUAAUAGCCAUCAGUCUAAAUCAUGUGAAUCAAACCAGACAGAUGUGCUGAUAAAUGACUUAACAGUCACCAGUAGUGAAGACAGUGAUGGUGAGCAGGAUUCUGAUAAGACGGUGCCAAGAGGUACACCUGGAAGUAAUUCUGAACCAUCUCAGCAUACAAGUGAAGGAGCAGAUAAUUCCAGGGAUGACUCGAGCAGCCAUAGCGGAUCUGAGAGCAGUUCUGGUUCGGACUCUGAAAGCGAAAGCAGCUCUAGUGACAGCGAGGCCAAUGAGCCAUCCCAAAGUGCAACUCCAGAGCCUGAACCACCUCCAGCUAAUAGGUGGCAGCUUGACAACUGGCUGAACAAAGUGAAUCCACAUAAAGUAUCACCGGCUUCUUCUGUGGACAGUAACAUCCCAUCAACACAAAGCUACAAAAAAGAGGGCAGAGAUCAGAGUUCAGGGAGUGGAUAUGCAGAUCAAGGUGGAUCUAAAGAUUCAAUUUCUUCUACUCCUGGGAGAGAUUCCAAAGCUACCCAGAAAGGAUCAGAGAGCAAUCGUGGCAGACAGAAAUCACCUGCUCAGAGUGAAAGUAUCCAAAGGAGGACUGUAGGUAAAAAACAGCCCAAAAAAGCAGACAAGCCAUCUGUGGAAGAGCCCCCCAGAGGAGGGCUGAAAAUAGAAAGUGAAACCCCUUUGGACAUGGCAACAAAUAUACCUUCUAACAGACACAAGGCGGCCACUAAAGGCUCCAGAAAGCCCAAUAUAAAGAAGGAACCCAAAUCUUCUCCGCGGCCUACAACAGAGAAGAAGAAAUGCAAGGUUGCAGGCAAAUCCUCCCAGAAAUCAAAGGAAUUCAUAGAAACUAGUACCUCAUCUUCUGAUUCUGAUGAAAAUGAGAGCCUGCCUCCUUCAUCACAAACUCCCAAAUACUCUGAGAGCAAUAGGACUCCUGUUAAGCCCUCCAUGGAGGAGGAUGACAACUUUUUAAGACAAAGAAUGUUCUCUCCUAUGGAAGAGAAGGAACUCCUUUCCCCACUUAGUGAUCCUGAUGAAAGAUAUCCUCUUAUUGUGAAGAUUGACUUGAACCUCUUAACCAGAAUACCAGGGAAGCCUUACAAAGACACAGACCCAUCAAAAGUUGAGAGGAAGAAUGUGUCUGAGAAGCAUCCAAGGGAGCCUCAGAAAACAUCCUCUGACAAAAUUUCCACCAAGGGCAAGAGGAAGCAUAAGAAUGCAGAAGAAAAUCGAACCAUUGAAAGCAAGAAAACGAAACUGGAUGAAAAACCUUCAUCUGUUCACAAGACUUCAAGUAAUAGAGAAUCAUCAAAGCAGAGCUCUGUUAAAGAAAAGGAUCAUCUCCCAUCUCCUUGCACCACCCCAGCCAUCCAAAAAGAUUCCAAGCAAGAGCACGUCUCUCGAAAAAGAACCAUCAGUCAGUCUUCUUCCUUGAAAUCAAGCAGUAAUAAUAAUAAGGAAAGCAGCAGUAGUAAAAGUAGCUCAUCAAAACAAAAGAAGACUGAAGGGAAGGCUUCUAGUAAUCCCAAGGAAGCAAAAGAGAAGGUUUUAAAUAACUCUUCAAACUGCUCUUCUGCCUCCACUGCGACUACAGAUAGCUCAAAAUCCCGGAGGGCAAAACUAGUGUUUGAUGACAGGACUUAUUCAGCAGAUCAUUACUUACAAGAAGCAAAGAAGUUAAAACAUAAUGCUGAUGCAUUGAUUGGUGUUCUUCAGUCUGACAGGUUUGAGAAAGCUGUGUACUACCUUGAUGCUGUAGUGUCAUUCAUUGAAUGUGGGAAUGCAUUGGAGAAGAAUGCUCAGGAAUCAAAGUCCCCAUUCCCUAUGUAUUCUGAAACUGUGGAGUUGAUCAAGUACACUAUGAAACUGAAGAAUUACUCAGCACCAGAUGCUACUGCCGCUGACAAAAGGCUAGCAGUGCUGUGUCUUAGAUGUCAGUCCUUGUUAUAUUUAAGACUUUUCAAGCUGAAGAAGGAAAGUGCAUUGAAGUAUUCCAAGACACUAACUGAACACCUAAAGAAUUCCUAUAAUAAUUCUCAAGCUCCAUCACCUGGUAUGGGAAGCAAACCAGGCAGUAUGCCAUCUCCAGUGUCUCCAAAGUUGUCUCCAGGGAAUUCAGGGAGCUACUCUUCAGGGUCAACCAACCCUACAGGAAGUACUUCUUCAGUGACUAUUCCACAGAGGAUCCACCAGAUGGCAGCCAGCUAUGUCCAGGUUACUUCUAAUUUUUUGUAUGCCACUGAAAUUUGGGACCAAGCAGAUCAGCUUGCCAGAGAGCAAAAAGAAUUCUUCGCAGAGCUGGAUAAAGUGAUGGGCCCUUUGAUCUUCAAUGCAAGCGUCAUGACAGACCUAGUGCGUUACACCAGGCAGGGACUACAUUGGUUGCGUUCAGAUGCCAAGUGAUAACUGGACUGAGGGAAUCCUAAGCGUAAAAGACACUUUUCUUGCUGCCUCUGAUUUUUUUUUUCAACACUGUGUCAUAAAAAUAAGGAAGACUGCCAUAAUGCAUUGCUUAGUGGAAAAAAAGAUUAAGGAAUGCUUUCAUGUGUCUCCCAGCCUCAUGUGCGUGAGAACUCCAAACCAUCAUGUCAAUGAACUUUUUUCAUUUGUCCCCUUUUUAAGAUAUUUAAAAAUAUUUUAAACUCUGCAACGUUUUAAUAUAAUAUGGAUUCAUUGAGCUGCAAUUGGAUUGAAAUUCUAGUGAUUAUGCCUAACAAAUCUCUUUUAAACUUAUUUAUUUUAAUUUGUUUUUUAAAAGCUCUGUUUUGGGGCUGUUAAGGGUUAGCUGUGUUUUCCUAUAAAUUUACCCUAUCAAGUACUUAGUGGAGAUUAAAUGUAGACACUUUAUUUAAGUAUUUUGUGAACUUUAUUAUUCUGUAAUGUCUUGUGGUGGUAGAGCUUGUAAAAGAAAAUAAGGGUUGAUAGAUUCUAAAGAAUAGGGAUGAAUUUUUUUGAAUAUCUGACUCAACCCCUAAAUGACAUCCACAGUUUUACUAUUGUGCUAAGUAUUAAGUUCCAAGGAUAUUCUUCUACACAUUAAGCCAUCUCAUUGAAGUGAAAUAUAAAACUAUGUGGAAAAUUUGUUUCAAAACUGAUGUCUUAACACUAACUUUCACAAAACAUUACAGGAAGUUGCAUUUAAUGCAGUAUCAAAGUUAUAUGGGUCACAAUGAGCUUCAGUCCAAGUGUGGACUAGAAGAUGUUUCAGAUGGACAAUCUUAUACUAUGUGCAGCAUCUUUAUUUCCUUGCUUGUUGUUGUUAGACACUGAAGCCACUAACUUUAAUGCUUACAUGGAACUGAUGCUUAUCUCAUUUUCAGCGCUUAACCUGAAAACAUGAACAGAUCUGUAACUUCUCUUGAACAUGAGUACACAAUGGGCAACAUGGGGAGUAAGCUUAUGAUUACAGGGACAUUGUAAACUCUUCUUUCUGGUUCAUUUUAAAAUAUUGCUUUUUACUCCCAUUGUUUUUAAUGUUAUAUGUUUGUGAUGAGACUAGACUAUUAAUGUUAAAGGAAAUAACUGUGAUCAGCAAGAAUCGUUCAUGGAAUUCUAAGUGACUGCUUUAAGGUUUCUAACCAAAGUACCUUUCCUUAGAAGGUGCUUGUCUGAGUAAAAAACAGAUGUAUUGCUUACUGUCCCUAUCAUGUCUGGUGUGCCUUAUGCCUUUUUAGAUGAAGAUUUUGAGUACUGUUUACAAGAGGUUUUACAUGUAGGACCCAGUAUACUGUGUCCAGUUGGUCUCCUGCAGUACUUUGGUAAAAUUCCACUUCCUUUUCCCUAAUACUAGUCGCUGCCAUUUGUUGACAGUACACCUUGGUUGUCUUUUAGAGUCAAACUCUGAACCCCUUAAGUGUGGGAUUGUGGAAUGCUGCUUUACCUGCCCUUGUCCCUGAACCCUGUCCCAUAUGUGAACGUGCAUGUUCAAGAAAAUGAUUGCACUAAAUUUAUGUCUAGCUGUGUAGCUGUGUGCCAAAAUGAUGGCAACCUUUGAAAGAAGGAAUAGAAUUCUACGUUAAUUAGUACUGCAGUGUAUCCUUAGGAUGUUGAGAAGCUUCAUUACUUAUAGUAACUUCAGUAAACAUAGGGCCUUGUAUUCUUACACAUUCUUUACUUCCAAGGAUGCACAAAUUCAUACCCCCAAACUUGGAAUAGAUACAUUUGAAAUCAGCACCCUUUGGGUCUGUGUUCAUAACUAUUAAUACUGUUUACUAUUGCAUUCUGCCCAUAAGUAUGCAUUGAACGAGUGGAGAAAAAAUAAUCAUAUCUAUUCUGACUGCAUGCAUACAAAAGAGGAAGAGGAGCAUAGCUCAGUGGUAGAACACAUGCUUUGCAUGCAGAAAGUUCCAAGUUCAAUCUAUCGCAUCUCUAGUUAAAUCAUCUCUAGUAGCUUAUUUUGGGGAAGAUCUUUUUUUUUUUUUUUUUUACUAGAGAGCUGCUGCCAUUCAGAGUAGACAAUUCUCUGUUAAAUGGACUAAUGGUCUGACUUGAUAUAAGGCAGCUUCAUAUUGCACAUUGCAUCAUAAAUUAAAAGCGUGUCCACUCUAUAAACAUUUGCUCUGUGCAGUGUAAGGCUUGGUUAAACAAUGAGAGGAGGGGCCGUGGCUUGGUGGUAAAAUAUCUGCUUUGCAUGCAGAAGGUCCCAGCUUCAGUCUCAGAUCUAUCCAGUUAUAAAAGGAUUGGAAAGUAGGUGAUGUGAAAGACCUCAAACCCUGGAGAGUCACUGCCAGUCAGAGUGGACUAUACUGACCUUAAUGGACCAUUGGUCUGACUCAGUAUAAGGCAGCUUCACAUGCUCAGUGAUGAGUUUAUCUAAAUACCUAUAUUUAAAUUGCUGUGUUUCUUUCAGUGUGGCUUGUUAUGACCAGUGUGUGCACACAGGCUACCACAUAAACUUUAGAUUGCUCCCCUGGCACACAGUUCAUUGCAUUCACAGGUUGGGAGAGUUCUAGACGUUGUAAUUUAAAGCAGUUUUAAAUCAUUGUCAUGUACCUUAACUUCAAGAGGUACAGCUCAUAUUCUAGCUCAGAUCCAUUAGGUAGUGACCUUUUUCUUAAAUGUUCAGAAGUGCCUGGCACACUGUCAUGCGGAUGCCUCUAUACUGUUAAGAGCUGGAUUAUAAACUUUAUGGCUGUGUAGUGCUGCAGUGAUCUGCAGAGUGGUUUGGCUUGCUUUUAUAUUCAGUGGCUAUUUCUGUCACUGUGAAUGUCUGUUCCCCCACCUUUGUUUCAAAAGAAUCUUACUUUAAAACUAAGGUACAUGGUAUCACGUUAGAAUUUAAAGGGGGGAAAGCUUCUCCAAAUGAAUUUUGAACAUGGCUGUAUUUCAUAAGAAAUUUAGAAAUGCCACUCAACUUGAAUUGUGGACCUGAGAUAGCGGACACUUAUCUGUGUGCUCUAAAUAAAUGAGCAGUACUCUUCCUUCCCAGAGUGUCUAACCAGUAAUUUUAUAGUGAACAGAUAUCGAAAGGCCAUCUAAUGUUGUACUCUGAAUUCCUUUUUCUUUGAAGUACAUGAAUAUUUUGCCAAAGUUUUAAUGCAUCAAUGAAUAUAUGUCAUAAGCUUCUACUUUUCUUUCCAAACCUAAGUCUGCAGUGCUGAUAAUGCACUUACCUGGAAAUAAGCCCCAUCGAACAUAAUGGGACUUGCUUCCAAGUAGACAUGCAUAGAAUUGUGCUUCAAAUCUGCCCUUAAAAUAAACAAGCGUAUGCAUAUCACUUGAGCACUGUCAUAAUUUGUGCUAUGGUCUUCAUUUUGAAAAUGUUGCAUUAUUAAAUAUAAGGGGUUAAUGACUGUGUGUUACACAUAUCAGUGUUUGUAGUUCAUCCCAGUGAUGAGCCUUUAAAAUGGCUUAAUGGUCAGGCUAGGCUUGCUCAGGCUUUCGAAUAAUUUUGAAUUUUACAUCAGACUUGCCAGGUCAUAGGAGAGCAAUUCAUGAACAGUGGUGUGAGAUCCAUCGGUGAAGCUUUGUGGACAUUCCACCAGACUGCUGGCAGUGGGUGCAAAAGACAAUGCCGCACAAGUAGCUACAGAAGUUUUAUUUGUGGGUGGGGAUGGAUGGAGUAGAAUUGACCCACGUCACCAACGGAAGUCCCUAGGAAUUUUGGACUUGUAGACACUUGGCUACUUCUUUUUGUAUCUUAAAUGAACAUUCAGGUUACCAGACCAAGAUGACCCACAUGUUCAGUGUGAUUUAAAUCUCUUGGCUGCAAAGCAGAGCUAACUGCUCUUGACCUUUGACAGUAGUAUGCAAUUUGUAAUGUACAUGUUUCUAAUACAUAUAUAUAUACAUGCAUAUAUAGAUUAAUGAAUUCUGAUCUGUCCAAAGUUUGUUAUACUUGUGUUAGAUUAUAGUGCAGCUGACUAUAUUGAUAUAUUUAUUGACUGCUGAGCCAUCCUCAUUUUGGUGGUGGUGAUAAAUUUUUCAUAUUAUGCAGGAGUGCUAUGAGUUUACUAUAGAGCAAUGAGGCUUAAAUGCUGUGAUUUUAUACAAAAUUACCCCUGUAAUAUGUGUUAUGAUCAGCCACUGCAUGUAUAAAGUCUGUGGAUAUAUGUGAAUGCUUGCCUAAUGCAAGUAAAACACAGCUUUCGGAAGAUAACUGUUUAGUUUGCCAAGUUUGGCAGCUAAGGGGAAAGACUACCUUUUGGUGUAUAUACAGUUUUCCCUGCACUGUAAAAUGGGCAGUAUUUUUACUGAAGUGGUUUAGAUGAACCUGAGCAAGUCAAGCUUGAAUACAUUUUAUCUGUAGAGGAGUGGGCAGCAUUCAAACCAUAUGGUAGAGUCCUAAAUGUCAAAUAUUUCAUAAAUAUUUGGGUCAAGGACUGAAUUGGCUUUGAGUAGAAUCAGUAUUGUGGGAAAUUGUGGUUUUUCAAUAACCGUUAAUGUUGGAUAUCUCUUUCAACAAAGUGUAGCCAAAGCUUUUAUUAGUGAGCUCUCUUAAUCAAUUUGUCCUUUCCUGAGACAAUUUCCAAGAGAGAGAAAUACAGCUUAACAGUACCAAGUAUUGUUUUGGGUGUUUGUCACUUUAAUGUAGCAGUGAUGGGCCACUGGAGGAUUUUCACUGGUUUGAGAUUAUCCUGGAACAUUCAGACAUUAAUACAGAUGCCUCCCCCCAUGAUAGUUUUAGCUCUUGCCAGUUCAUCUGAACUUAAAGAACUUGGCUGAAGGCAUUUGAACCAGCUGCUGCAGCUCAGAUAAUGGGCAAAACUGAUCUUAAAUUGAUUUCACUCCUCAAUUCCUUUUGCAAAUAUAUUGGCAAAACAUUUGUACCUGGCAGUGUAUCUGUGUGAACUGGUUCUGCCUGAUUGGACUCAAAACAUUCCCCUUUUGUUUGUAAAUCACAUCAGUAUUGCAGCCACUGUUCAAGAUGGUUGCAUUAAAAAAUCCCUAAGAACUUGGUUUCUUCAAGCACACUUGCUGACAUUUGUAUCUGGUUCCCCUUUUAAAUGGUUUUAAGAAGUUUUGUAUAUGGAGGAUAAAGUGCUUAUAUAUUUAUUAAAGAUCCUUUAUCUUAUUUGAAAUUAUUUGGUAAAGAAGAUUUUUUUGGAAGUAAACUUUAGAAGUGGGGUGGGUGGGAAGGAGGUUAUUUUUAACUUGUAACUUAUCAGUUAAAAACCCUUGUUGAGCAUGCAGCUUGGUACUGAUCAUGACUAGCAGGAUGGCUCACGGUCAUAUGCUUUGUAUAUGACAUGUCCAUGUCUUAUAUGUUUUGUAACUUACCAACAUUUAGUCAUCUGUUUUCAACCAAAACUAAACUUAAAAGAAAACUGUGAUUUUUUUUUCUCCUCUGCAAUACAUUUGAAAUUUCAAAAGGGUACUUUGGGGCUCCAAAUUAGGAUUUCUAAGUCAGUAUGUGCAUUUCACGUAUGUUAAUGGUGAGCAAAGUAUUAUAUACUAACUAGAUUUUUUUUCCACAUCUGUAUAGUAUAUUCUAUGUAUUUUGUGGUAUUGAGAUUAUAGAAAGUUUAGUGUCUGAAAUAUGCGUUUAAUGUGUAUUUUUAAACAAAUUUAUGGUAAUUAAAUAUUUGGAAAAAAGGGUAUCACAUUUCAAUUUGUAAAGAACUUUUUAACUACUCUGUCAUUAAAAUGCUUUGUACAAUGCAAAACUGUAACUGGAGAAACUAAGUUUAAUAAAUAUCAAAUAGAUUUUCUGUAUUAAACUUUUUAAGUGCAAUGCUUGAAUUAAUAUUUUAUGAAUAGGUUUUUUAAUGGGAGAAAUCUAAUGAAAUUAACACGCUCAGGGAAGAGCGAAUGGUGUUCUGAUACGCUCUAUACAUACACCAAGUGUUUGUGUUCUACAUUAUCCAGUUAAAGUUAAUAAUUAUAUCAAGCUGAUUGCACACAAUGAAUGUCUGAAAGCCCAUAUAUGAUUCUACCUUUACUCAUCUUCAGUCAGUGUUGUGUUGAGGUGCUGCUUACUGAUACUAUGGUAAAUGCUUUCUCUGGCUCACUAGGAGUUAGCUAGUUGCUUGAGAAUUACUGACUUCGUAAAGGAUUAGAGAAGGUCUUAAAACCACUGUUGUUCCCUUAAUUACCUCCAAAGGG